CAGGGCUGUAACAGUUCGGCGAGGCAGACGGAAGAUUCGCUCGCUUCUCUUUGUUGGAGUCCGGGCUGCAGGGGUUCCAGUGUGGACGGACCGACACCGCCCAGGGAGGCGCGGCGGCGGAUUGCAACCGCUCCACGGCCCAUUGAGAGAGAGGAGAGAGAAACUAACGGCGAGACGUUAAAUAACGGUGAAAGCGUGCACAGCUGCAACCCCAAACUUGUUGACGGGUCACCACCCAACACACCAUGGUGAAGGACGGCGCUGGAGAUCGGCAGGGCAAGGACGAGAUGAAGAUGAAUGUGCGGAACGCAGCAGAGGAUGCCCAGCCUGACGGGACACAGGAGGGAGCAGCGGCAGACGCUGCCAAAGGAACGGCGGGAGCAACGCGAGGAAAACCCUUUGGGAUAGUGAGCUACAUCCUCCUGGGUCUCUUUGUCCUGCUGACGGUGAUGUUUGUCGUGGAGCUGCUGAAGUUCAGACAGAUGUCUGGAGAAAUUAAAGAGCUGAAGGAUAACAUCACAUCGGAACUUGCGAGCAUGAGGCGGGAACUGAUCUCAGUGAUUCGGGUGGAAAACGAACAAUUGGCGGCAGGACAGAGAAACAUAGAAAGCAGGAUUUCCAGCUUGUCGGAUCAGACGCGCAAAUGGCACGGUGACGUGCGCGCUCAGCUCGCGGACAUGAGGGAAAACUGUCGCCCCCGAUUCGAGUGCCCUGACCAGUGGACGUUAUUCAGCCAAAAGUGCUUCUACUUUUCACCAAACUCGGAAGAUUGGGUGUCAUCGCAGAGGCUUUGCACCGCCCAGAUGGCCAACCUGGUUGUGGUCGACAGCUCUGCCAAACAGGCGUUUGUGAAACGAGAGGCCAAGACAACACGACACUGGAUUGGCCUGAAUGAGUCCAGCGUGGAUGGGACCUGGCAUUGGGUGGAUGGUACUGACUACGUUCCUUCACAAACGUUUUGGGCCGACGGAAAACCCAAAAGCACUGGAAGUUACGAAGCUUGUGCUGGUACUAACCGUGAUGGGUCCUGGAUGGUAUACUCGUGUAGUGAAAAAAUGAAUUACAUCUGUGAGCGGCCUGUGUUUUGCCAUUUUAAGAACCCUUCACUUAGUUGAAGAUCUGAAUCUUGUUUGGAAACAUAUUUUAUGAUCCUUUUUUAAGCUAUGUUGUAACCAUGGCCUAACAACAAGAUCAAAUUGCUGCCUGAAACUGAGUGCCAUCAAAUGUAGCGAAGAGGCUGACAUUUCCAGCUUGUGCAAUGCCCACUAGUAAACUAUGCGUUAGGAAUGUAAUUCUGCAGCUCGAGUGCUUUUUUUUUAACCUGAGAAUAUUCAACACCUUUCCUUUUUUAUGCUUAAAUGUAUAUUUUUCUUUGAUAAUUUAGAUUAGGAUUGUACCAGUGUGUUUCCACAUCUAUCUGUCAAGUGAGAAUUUAACAUUUUCUACGAGACAGGACACAAAGUGCUGGAGUAACUCAGCGGAUCAGGAGAACAUGCAUAGAUGACGUUUCGUUUCAUGACCCUUCUUUAGACGGAAUCUGUCUGAUCCAAAACAUCACCUAUCCAUGUUCUCCAGAUUUCAAGUAACCCUUGCUUUCCUUCUCUCUCCAUUCCCUCCCCUUCCCAGUUCUCCAACCAGUCUCACUGUCUCCUACUACAUUUUAUCUGUUUGCUUUGUUGAUACCUUCUUCUUCUGUGAAGGUUGAUGUCAGUGGAGUGGGAGGUACAUAGAUGAAGGUUGAAGGUUGCAAUCUUCCACCCCUGUUGAUACCUUCCCCCAGCUAACAAUAAUCCUUCUAUAUUUCUACAUUUUCCUUGAUAUCCAUUCCCUUUUUCCUGUUUUCACACCUUACACCUCCUUAUCUACACACUUACUUAUCUAUGUACCUCCCACUCCCCUGACAUCAAUCUGAAGAAGGGUCUCGACCUGAAACGUCGCCCAUUCCUUCUCUCCAGAGAUGCUGCCUGUCCCACUGAGUUACUCCAGCAAUUUAUGUCUAUCUUUGAUUUAAACCAGCAUCUGCAGUUCCUUCCUACACAUGUUCUGCAGAGACGCCUCCUGACCUGCUUAGUUACUCAAGCCCUUUGCGUCCAUUUUUGUAAACCAGCAUCUGCAGUUCCUUGUGUCUACGUCCUACUAGGUGUCCACUUUAUCAAAGGAGACGGAGCCAACCUUGUAUAAUGGUAGUGUUCAAAUGGUCUCGUCCUUGUGGCACCAUUCACCUCCUUGUGGCACAGCUCCCAUUCUAUUUUUCAGUUGUGGAAGGGUGGUGCAGUUAAUGCCUUACAGUGCCAGAGACCUGGGUUUGAUCCUGACUACGGGUGCUGCAUGUAAAGAGCUUGUAUGUUCUCGCUGUGACCAAAUGAUUUUCUCCGGGUUUCUUUAAAUAGUUCCAAGUGUGCAGGAUAGAACAGGUGAUCGGCUCAGACUCCGUGGGUCAAAGAGCCUGUUUCCACGCUGUAUCUCUAAAACAUCAAUCAUUUUUUAACAUUCACUAGAGUUGAAUGCUUGUACCCACAGCAAUCAUAUGACACCGAUCACCGGCCGCACGGUGGUGCAUCGGUAGAGUUGCUGCCUUACAGAGCCUGACACCCGGGUUCGACCCUGUCUAUUGGUGCAGUCUGUAUGCAGUUUGCUCGUUCUCCCCAUAACUGCGUGGGUUAUCUCCAAGAUCUUCAAUCUCCUCCCACACCCCAAAGGCAUACAGGUUUGUAGGUUAAUUGGCUUGGUAUUAAUGUAAAUUGUCGCUAGUGUGUGUAGGAUAGUGUUGGUGUGCGGGGAUCGCUGGUCGGUGCCGACCCGGUAGGCCUCGGGGCCUGUUUCCGCACUGUAUCUCUAAACUAAACUAGACAUGUUCAUUCCUAACAAUAGGAAUGUACACUGAGGUUGGAAAGAUUGCCUUUCAGUGGAGCAAUUGUCCUGCAUUCUAACGGAUCAGAGAUACACAAGCUGCAAAUGGAGGGUGCGCUGAAGUGAAUCAUCUGCAGUCAGCUAAGCAAAUUCUCUCUUGCAUCCAAACUUGCUUACCUUUUAUUUCAAAUGCAGUUUAAUUUCUCUGUGAUUAGUGGCCAUUGAUGUUUGGAAGAAUGUAACUAUUGGAUUUUAUAAAUGUUUACACUGUGGAUCAGACCACUUCAAUAAAACAAAUAAAAAAACAAUUAAA